CUUCGGCAAACGGAAGCAGCCACUCGGAGGUAAUGUCGGAGCUGUACCUGCCUAAGACUGUUUUUCAACGACAAACUUGUUAUAAACCCACUCAAACACAAACACGAGCUGAAAUCGACGUGGAUAUUCGCUCGUGUUGACAUCGAACGGCGAUGCUAGCUAACAUCGACAUCAAAUCAUCUUCAAUGUUUUUUUUUUUGUCAUGAUUUCAAUUCAUCUUGAUCCGGUCAGCUCUGUAAAGCAUACUUUUAUAUCUAUAUAAUACAUAAUAAGUUAUUGUUCUUACCAUCAACAUCAUCAUCAUCAUAUCGGCUUGUUUAAUGACGAUAUUUCAGGUGUGAUUUCGGGACGCAGCGAGCACGUUCACUUCCGGCAGCUCAAACUUUGUGAGCUCUGAUGAUGAUGGCAGCGCUCUUCAUCAAUACGUGACACGCCCUGCCACUGGCUUCCUGGUCAGCACAAUCACCACCAUGGACGGACUGCCUCUGGAAGUCACACAAAACCGGACAAUGGUUGGGAAACCAGACCGUGGACUCCCCAGGCCUUGAAGACACCGUGUCUCGGUGCCCUUGGUGCUCUGGAAUUAUUAACGAGGCUGCCUGGAGUCCAAAAACACCUAGACUUGUGGGUCAUGAACGAGCUGUUGAUUCAGAACUCUUGUGGACUUCAUGACAAAGCAUGAUUGUACAGUACAAAUGCAGUUGUUCUCCAACUACAUUGGCAUCAAUGGAUGAAAACAGCAACACAUCACAGACGCCAUGAAAACCAUUCAGUUCACCCACUCACGGGCGCUUGGCGAAGACGGGAUUUUCACCGACUCACGGCUGCGUGAUGAAGACUCCAGUUUUGGGAAUUGCCACGAGUCUAUCGACUCACGGGUGCUGAAGGAAGAUGCGAGUUUCACAACUGGUGUGGAGUCGAUGAAGAGCCGUGUUUGGACCGACUCACGGGUGCUGGACCAGCUGUACUCCAGUUUCAUGAAUCACGAGCACUUGACGAAGACUCAAGUUUGGCUCGGGAUCCAUCGUUUCAGGGGUGCUUGAUGUGUACUUGAGUUGCACCGGGCGCUCGGCAAAGAGCUGAACUUUCAUGAAGGACCCCUCCACUGGAGUCCUGGGCCUGCGUCAACAACCAGAAUGCACUUAUGGACUUUCCCUCCAUGGCUGUAAACCUUUAUUCCGUGUGCGUGCCUUCAUCUGCUCUGUACUUUGUGUUUGGAUGAGUUUGCGGUUUCAAAAACGAGGUCCUUCCUCUUCAUGUAGCUUCAUAUCAACAUUUUGGGAUGUUUGAAAAUGACUGAACACAUCUAGUGUGGUAGCCGUCACUACACUAGAACAUGCUGACGUCCAUGACGUUGAAAUGAAACUGAUUGAACGAUCAAACGCAUCAGCAAUGACUCUGCUGCCAUCUAGCGGCCAGUCAGUACACACACAUGACUUUUACUGUGGAAAUGAAGGUGGUGGCGGUGGACGGACAAUGGCGGCAUCCUCAAUGGCGACUGGACAGUUUGUCCACAGCUUCAUGGAGGGUCUGGCCAGGAAAACGGGGCGGACCGGUCUCCAAGCGGAAGCGGAAGCACAGCUCUGCGGGAGGAGUCGUCCAGGUGGAGCUGCGUACAGAGCCCAGGAGAGAACGGAAUGUGUCACCCAAGUCAAGUCUUUGCCAUCUUUGGAGAUUGUUCUGGAAAGGUUAGUUAGAUGGUUGCUGAUUGGAUCAUCAUGAACAGUCUGUUGGAUGGAUGGACAAAUGAUGGAUGGAUCUCUCGACUGCCAUCCGAGAUCCUGAUGAAGAUCAUGUCCCACCUGGACCCCGCCUCGCUGCUGAGCCUCAGUCACGUCAACAAGCUCUUCCACCGGCUCGCCAACGACGAUGUGGUGUGGCGCAAGAUCUACAUGGCCGCCUUCUCUGCUGAGACAUGGAGGCUCAAGUCCGCAGGGGACACUGCAGGGAGGGCGGAGUGGACGGAGGGCUCAUCGGGCACCUGGAAGAAGAAGUUCCUGUGGAAGAUGGGCGGAGAGGAGCUGGGCAAGUGGAGGAGGGAACUGAGAGACGUCAACCCCUUCACAGGGCUGCCUCAGAAGACCCAGUGGAUUCUCAGGAGGGUUCUCUGGAAGCUCACGGUGUGCGAUGUCUUCGGUCGGGUGGUCACCCUGGACAGCAGCAGGGUCUCCUCCUUCAGCACGUCCGUGAUGCUGCACUGGAGCGGAAACCACGUGAUCCAGUACCAUCACAUCAGCAGCAUCCGGCUCUGCGCCGUGUGGAGGGAUGUGCUCAAGAGGCCCGGUCCCUUUUGGGGCUCGCUCAUCUGGAGGGUGGACACCGGGAGCUGUCCCGAUUACUUCCUCGGCAAAGACAGGCUGGUCCAGGUCAUGCGCUUCUCGCCCGGACUCGUCCUCGGCUUCUGGAGGGGUCAGAAGAGCGUGGCCUUCAUCAUGGUCAGCUUACACUUGCACAGGCUGGCCGAGAGGAGCCUGCUGGGAUCUCCAGUCAGUCCAUACCGGGAGCCCGAGGGCCAGUGGCGUGCCGAUUUGAUGGGGCGCACGUACGCGCUGCACUUUGUCCUGCACAACGGCGCGUCUGAGAUCAUGGCGGCAUACUUCCACCCUCUGGUCCUCAAAUCAGACGGGGGCUGCCUGGGGACGCUGCGGGCCAUCAGCGCCACCGACUUGUCCCAGCACCGGCUGCUGCUCGGACCCAUCCAGCUUCCGUGGGAGAGCGAGGAUCUGCAGGGUUCUGUGGAGGUAGGAAAUCCGUCCCAUCGCUCGUGGAGACGACGGCGUGGCUUCGUUCUGUCGUUCUGUCGUUCUGGCCGUGUAGAUGUGCUGCGUCAUGGCGCUGACUCUGCUGGAGGAGGUCCACAGUCCCGUGUGGUGCGUCAGCACGCCCGUCUGCGUGAAGAUGGCCAGGAAGCAGACAUGCUCCGACUACGCUGGCCAGCACUUCCUGUUGGACUACAAGGACGCGUACGGCAAGGUGAGGGUGACGCUUGUCUGGCUGAAGGAGCAGAACCAGUUCUUCGUCGUCAGCCUCGUUGUCAGGCUCUUCAAAGACGACAAGCACUUGGCCGCCAGGUACUGACCCAACUGUGGGUGUGGCCUGCCUUCAUUUUCUUAGUUUUGGAUUCAACUCGGCUUCGUUUGUCAUGUGCAGCUGGAGCGCCAUGAAAGCUGGGACACAUUAUUUUGAAAGGAAAUGUUUGUUUAGUUGCUCUCAUGUGUUCCAAUAAAUCAGCAACACUGCUACUCGUGCCGGGCUGGGUGGGGUGCCGGCCUCGGGGCUUCCGCUCUGCCUUAGGGAUGCCCACCUCCACGUGCACCGGAGACCGGGACGCCGCUUUGUGAUGGUGGUCCAGGAUCACCAGCCAAUGGCAGCAAUUAGUGAGGAAUGGACACAAAGUGUAUCUGGAAACCCGAUCAGAUGAAACACAUUUAUUUAGUUCUUUAUCUCUCUCGCUCUCACACACACACAAACACACACACACACACACACACCCUCGAAAGUGACACAAUCACAAGAAUGGCACUAAUGACGACACAAGUCUACAGUGCUGAGCUUCCGUCGUAGCAAAGUGCGUGGAGCGGCCGCACGAGCUCCGGCGUCCGUGGGCGGAGCCUACAGCCCCGUGCGGCGCAGGAAAUUAACUCUUACGCAAACGAUAUGUUCUUUUUUUUUGUAAAAAAAAAAAAAGUGUCUUCCACACCGACGACGAGUAAAAACAGUAGCUACGCAGUCUAAGUAUGUACACAAACGUUUGGCCACUCGUCCCCGAGCAAAUGGCGCCAGGCCAGAACCUCGUCACGUGCGGAAUCGCACCGCGCACACGUGUUUCCAAUCAGCCAUUCUGUGGCCAAAAUAAGCUUGUAUUUUCACGUUACAAUGUCAAAUUAGAGCAGCGAAAGCGCGUCGUUCAUGCACGUUGAGAUGUUUGCACACAUAAAGUUGGAACUGAGAUGAGCGACAUUUUACACUGCGCUCUUAUUUUGAAGGCCUGACCGGCGUCGGUGCCAGGGGUCGAAUGGGGCGGGCCGCUCAUCCUCACGUUGAGUAAAAAGAUUUUUCCAAAAAUUCGAGGUGAGAGCCACCAGGGGGCGCCAGUUGUGCUCCUGGAUGACAGGAAGUCGAUUAUUGACCCUUAAAUGUUGGCUAGGAAA